CAGCCCCAGCUUUCAGAGGCAGAGCCGCGGAGCCACGGCUGGAGGCGCGCAGCCUGCUCCUUGCGCUGGCUUCGGCUUCGACCCCAGAUGAUGCGGCGCGCCCAGGAUGCUGCCGCGCCUGGUAGUGCUGCUGGUGGUGCUCCUCAGCGUGAACCUCGGCUCCUGCGCGCGCGAACUGCCCAGCCCUCCAUCUGUGUGGUUUGAAGCAGAAUUUUUCUCCCACGUCCUCCGCUGGACUCCCAUCCCCAAACCAUCAAACAGCACCUGCUAUGAAGUAGAGCUUCUGAGGUAUGGGAUAGAACCCUGGAAGUCCAUCCCCAGCUGCAGCCAGACCCCGGUGUCGUUCUGUGAUCUCACUAUGGUGACCCUGGACCUGUACCACAACAAUGGCUACCGAGCCAAAGUCCGCACGGUGGAUGGAAACCAGUACUCCAACUGGACCUUCACCAACACCCGCUUCUCCGUGGAUGAAGUGACUCUGACGGUUGGCGGCGUGAAGCUAGAGGUGCACAAUGGCAUCAUCCUCGGGAAGAUCCAGCCCCCCAGGCCCAAGCUAGCCCCUAUGGGCGACACUUACGAAAGCAUCUUCCAACACUUCCGCGAGUAUGAGAUUCAGAUCCGCAAGGUGCCGGGGAACUAUACGUUCACAAAGGAGAAGGUGAAGCAUGAAAACUUCAGCCUCUUACCCCCUGGAGAACUGGGAGAGUUCUGUGUCAAGGUGAAGCCGUCUGUGAGCUCCCGCAUGAACAAGGGGGUAUGGUCCAAGGAGGAAUGCAUCGUGCUCACCCGGCAGUAUUUCACCGCGACCAACCUCAGCAUCUUCUUCAUCUUCGUCCUGCUGCUGUGCGGAGCCCUGGCCUACUGCCUGGCCCUCCACCUGUACGUGAGGCGCCGCAAGAAGCUGCCCUCCGUCCUGGUCUUCGAGAAGCCUCAGCCCUCCAGUUUUGUCAGCCAGCUUCCCUGCCCCGAGCCCCAGGAUGCCAUCCACCUCCUGGACGAGGAGGCCUUCCCCAAAGUGUCCCCAGAGCUGAAGAACUCAGAACUACACGGCAGCACGGACAGUGGCUUUGGCAGUGCCAAGCCAUCCCUGCAGAAUGAAGAGCCCCAGUUCCUCCUCCCUGCCCCCCACCCACAGGCUGGGGGGACCGUGGGCAAGGGGGCACCCCUGGAGCUGGAGAGCAGCUGCAGUGGUGGCAGCAGCACAGACAGCGGGAUCUGCUUGCAGGAACCCAGGCUGAGUCCUGGCACUGGCCCCAGCUGGAAGCAGCAGGUGGGGAACAGCAGCCAGGACCAGGACGACAGUGGCAUUGGCCUCGUCCAGAACUCUGAAGGGCAGCCUGGGGACGGGCAGGGUGGCUCCGCCUUGGGCCAUGUCAAUCCUCCCGGGCCUGAGGCAUCUGGGGAAGAAGACCCAGACUCAGUGGCAUUCCGGGGCUACCUGAAGCAGACCAGAUGCACAGAGGAGAAAGCAGCUAAGACAGGCUGCCUGGAGGAAGAGUCCUCCUCGACAGAUAGCCUUGGCCCCAAGUUCAGGACAUGCCUAGAUGCCGAGGCAGGCUGGCCUCCACCAGUGCCAGCCAAGGGCUAUUUGAAACAGGACCCAGGAAUGACUGUCACUCCCUCAGGUACCUCAACUGGACAGUGGGACCAGCCAAUGGAGGAAUGGUCGCUCCUGGGCUUGACCAGCUGUGGUGACCUAGGAGAAUCUGACUGGAGCUUGGCCCAUGAUCUUGCCUCUCUGGACUGUUUGGCAGCCCCAGGCAGUCUCCUGGGCAGCUUUGACUCAAACCUGGUCACCCUGCCACUAAUCUCCAGCCUCCACUCGAAUGAGUGACUGAGGCUAAGGGGCUGCUUUUGAUUUCAGCCACAAGGGCCCCCUGGAGUCAGAAGUGAUGCGUAGAGGCCAGUGUGGGCACUCUUCUGCAAGCCCAGUGGGGCCAGCCCUCGUCAGGCCCAGCAGGGCUGGCUAAGGGGCCCAGGGCAGAGCGAGAUGCUCUUGCUCAACUAUCGCAGACGCAUGGGUGGCGUCGGCCUGCGCUGCAGGAGGGUUCCAGACUCUGGCAGAGCCAGGAAGGGCAGGGCAGACAUCUCCCUCCUUGGGGCUCUUCCUGUACUGUAAAAGAUUAUUUGCUCAGGGGAAUCACAGGGUUUUCUGGAAUUGUGGGGAGGCCCAAGCUGAAGUCAUUCAGACCCAGGCCUCCCCCUUAGACCAGCUAAGUGCCAGGGCCUCCAGCCGGAUGGAGGCUUGGGAGGGUGGGGGCUUCCCUGCCAAGGUCAUUUCUUGGAGAACAAAAGAGGGAGCAGAGACCAAGUUUGAUCUCUGGAUGGUCAGAGCUGGUCAGCCUGGGAUGGUCACAUGGAGAAGCUUCCUAGCUGGCAGUCCUCCCAGGCAGGGAGCUUGUCACGAAAGAUCUUAAGAUGUAUCUGUCCUGGUCAGUCAGUCAGUCAGCCAACCAUUGUUAUGGAGCCACGGGGGGUUGAAGCCCCUUCCACGAAAAGCAGACUGACUUUUACUGACUACUCUUACUACCUCUACCCUGUUGCCCCCACCACCUUACUGAUGGUACCAGAGUAACCAGGUUUCUUUGUACUGGGCAAAACUCAACCCUUCAGAUGGUCUCUGGGCUUGGGCACGAGCUCACCUGCCCCAGAGGGUCAGGGUCGGGACCUAUACUUGUGUUCACUGCUAGCAUCCAGCUACAGACCCACAGGACACGGCCCUGGGCUCAGACCUCUGCGUGCUCAGGUCCGGCUGUCUGAGUUGGCCUAGCCACUUAUUCUCAGUGGCCCGCUUAUCCUCUGAUAACAUGGCUGGAGUAAUGACUCAAUCUCCACUCGGCCGUCCAUGCUGGAUGUUAACCAAGCUGGUGUCAGAGGUGACGUCUCCAGCCUGGUGUGACCCUGAGCAGGGAGGAAGUGGACUGCAGAACCCAUGUCUGCACAGAGCCAGCUUCUUUCUCAUGCUGGGGAUUAACAGAUGGAGCAGAAGUCCGUGUGUCAUGCUAAGAGGACUACCCGACCCUGGGCCCAGGAAGGGGACAGGUGUGGGCCCUGCCUCCCUACAGUCCAUUUGGAUUCUAUCUUCAAAGCCAGUUUACAGCCCUCGGGCAAGGAAGCUGGGGGGAGUGACAGGCCUGGGGUCUGUCCCCUUCCAGGGUCACCACUUGGCCUUGCAGUCUUCUGUGGCAUUCUGAGAAGAGACACUCCCGCUCAGGGAAUCCACCCAGAACCACCCCCAACUCCCCCACCACGUCCUCCCAGAGGCUCUGAUGUGCCAGUGUGAUAACUGAACUCCCUCGCGACACUCAGGGUUCCCCUGGAAGGGUUAUUUAUUCUGUUCCCCUAUUUAUUGAAGCAGCAGCACAGCACAGUGCAAGGGUCCCGGGUCUUUCAAGAACCUGGAGGUUCUUGUUCUGAUCCCACCGUUUUAGCGUCUCAUCUGUACACCGGAGGGUCUCAGUUUCUUCGUCUGUAAAACCACGCCUGACGCGUUCACAGACGGAUGUGAGGCCCCCUCGAGGCAGUGGACCCGAAUGUGCCCUGCAUGCAAGGCUCUGUAAAUCAGCGACGUAUGCUUUUUACUUCAAUAAACCAUCAGGACCUCAGGAAUCAUGUGAAACCUGUCAAAUUUCUGACGACAGGGUGGCUGGUGGAAGCCUCAAGUUGUUGAUAAUCGAGGUUGAUAACGAGUAAGAUGUGUGAUGUCGCUUUAGCAGCAACGAAGACUUGGGCUCCAGUCAGACACAGGAGUCCUCACACUGACAUGAAGUAUGGAAUGGAAUGGAAUGGAAUGGAGGGUUCUUUCUGAAAGCUGAAAAGGGAACGUAUAACACAGUGUUUGGAGUGUGGCGUCUGGCCAGUUGGAAGAGAGACCAGACCUCCCUGGAGCCCUGCCACCUGCUCCCCUCGAUGUGGAGGCGCGUCCCAGGGGUGCUUCUCAUAAGUGCGGAAGCCAUCGGCAACCGAUUCUGAGAGCAGCCUGCCCCUUCCACGAAAAGCCACACGUGGGUUUGAGUCUCUCCCCAAGCUCAGCUGUGCGGAUGGGGCAAAUUCAGGGCCCAGGCCAGUCACCAGGGCACGUUCCUCUUUGUCCCAUCCUGGAUCCUUGAGGAGGUGGAUGGGGACACCUUAUCCCCUUUCCUCUGUGUCAUCUCCAACGAUGCUUCUCCCAGUUUCACUCUGGGGAAACAAAUCAGUUCUGGGGAAGCCCGAACCUAUCAUCUUCAGAGAACUUGACUAAUAUCAUGCCAUUUGGUACCGCUCAGACUUUUGCCCUGGAGGCCUCCCUGUCCUAUUGGUAAGAGGUAUGGGGUCUCCUGGAAAUGGGUGUUAGAGAUGGCCUCUGCCCCCAGGAAAAAGCCCUUAAGGCACGUUGGAUGGAGAGCAGCAGACAGGUGAAUACAAAGAUGGAGAGAAUAAGCGGAAUCAGCACCCUAGGCGAGUGGGGCCAGAAGAGACCAAACGCGGAGCAGCUGGGAGAACGGAGUCCGAGGACAUGGGCUGUGCUGCAGCCCUCGCCAGCUUUCCUUGGGAGGCAUGAACAGGAGUUUGCGCUGGUCAGCCCAGCCCAGGCCCGGCUUGUGGGGGAACGGAGUCCUUCCUGCAGCUGGUGCUGAGACGCUCACGGGCUUCUUGGGAAUUGGAUUCAAGUCCCCCACAGAAGGUCUUUUGUUCUUAAACUGAGUAAUCUCCCUCGAGGGCUUUUCCAGGCUGAGGAAUGUGUGAUUCUGCGUUUCUAUGAGCUAACGGAACUUCCUCUUAGUAAGGAGAGAGGGGAAAUGGACCAACGUAGACUGAAGAGGAAAUUUCUGGUGAACUGUGUUUUCCCGGCUUUCUAAAUAGCUGUAUCAAAGAAUCUGCCUUGUCUUCCCCGAAGAUCUCUACCCCCUCCCCACCCCACCUGCAAGGCACACAACAACUAUCCCAGAAUACGUGUGGUCGCUGCAGGUGGUCACAGCCCCACGGCACACCGUGCCCUGCUGGGUAGGAGCUGUCGGAGCGCCACGUGGGGACAGGAGACGGGCACCGCAGGCCGUGCCCACCUGGGCAGCACGCUGGUGGCCACGAGAGGCAGGUUCAGGCAGCGAGGGCUGACUUUAUGUAGCCCCGACCUAGAGGACACCAGAUAGCGGGAGGGAUGACUCAUCCAUUUCCUGUAGUGCUCACAGGUUUCAGGGUUACUUUUAAAGCACAGCCACAAUUUGAAAUUAAACGUGUUUUUAUUAAUGA